AUGCUGGCAGUACACCUCUUAAUUAUCGCGUUGAUACUUUGGUGGAUCCGUUUUCUUUGGAGUCGACGGAGGUUUUAUAUGCUGAUGCUUCAGUUGCCCGGUAAAAUGGGACUGCCACUGCUGGGAAUUGCUUUGGAACAUCUUAUCAAAAAACGCGGAAUGACUUUUCGAUCCGAGUUCAUGGACAAGCAUGGCUCAACAGUCCUUUCCUGGCUGGGACCGGUGCCACUUUUGGUCACAAGGGAUCCAACAAUAAUAAAGGAUGUCCUAGUAUCUUCCGAAUGCAUAAACAAGUCCUCGCACACAGUUAGUGCUAUGAACAAUUGUAUUGGUUUUGGACUGCUGGCACUCAGAGAGCCCAUAUGGAGUGUUCGUCGCAAGCUAAUGAAUCCUGCGUUCAAAACGAAUGUCCUGCUCUUCUUUUUUCCCAUUUUAAAUGAUGAGACUAAAAAACUGGUAACAUUGUUGGAUACUUUUAUUGGUCAGGGCGAGACCGAUGUGCUUCGAGAUAUACUACGGUGGUCUUUUAGGGUAUCAAUCAAAACUACUCUAGGUUCAGAUGUGCAUGAUGAUGAAAACUUCAAAAACAAUAAACUUAUGGAAAGCUAUCAAUCAAUUGCAAGUAUAGUAACGCUAAAUACUGUGAUGCCCUUCCUCCAAAACAAUCUCAUUGCCAAAGUCUGCGGUAUUGAAAAAAGGAGAUUGAAAGACGCUGAUUUAAUUAAUACAACACUUAAAAAUAUAAUCGAUAAAAGACUUAAGUGCAACUCAGAAAAUACCUCACUACACAUUCCCAACACCGUGAUUAAUAGAGCGAUUAAACUAUACCGUGAUGGUGAUAUUAGCUAUGAAGAUGUGGCGAGCGAAUGCAGUAUAAUGAUUUCAGCUGCAUUCGAGACAAGUGGCCUCACUGUUUGGCACACUCUGAUAUUACUGGCCAUGUUCCCUAAUUAUCAGGAUUUAGCAUAUGAAGAGCUUAAAAGGGUAUUUCCAACGAGAGAGGACUUUGAAGUCACCGAUGAAGAUAUGCAGCAAUUAACUUACUUGGAUCGCGUGGUAAAUGAAUCCUUGCGAUUGCUCCCGGCCAUUCCUUUCCUUCCGAGAGAAACCUCGGAGGAUUUUCGUCUUUCAAAUGGAAUUCUUGUUCCCAGAGGAGUUACGAUCGGCAUUGACAUAUUCAGUACCCACCGGAACCCGGAUGUCUGGGGUUCAGGAGCAGGAACCUUCAAUCCUGAUAACUUUUUGACGGAAAACAUCCUCGAAAGGCAUCCCUACGCAUUUAUUCCAUUCUCAAAGGGAAAAAGAAAUUGCAUAGGCUGGAAGUUUGCGUUGAUGACUGCUAAGCUCGGUCUAGCCAAGAUACUUCGAAACUUUGAAGUCGGCACUACUUUUCGUUAUGAAGAUCUGGAAUUUGUAGACAACUUCGUCAUGGAACUGGCCCAGUCUCCAAAGCUCGAAUUUAAAAGACGAGGCUAG